CGCGUCAAACAGCCGUAGAAGAUGCACCCUCACGAGCAUCGCCAAGCGCGUGCUUUUUAAUUCGGCCGUGUUGUGCGUUCAGUCGGCGGCGUUUAAAUGCCAGCUCGAGGAACCUAGCACAAAUUUAAAACCAAAGCUAGUUCAUGGAUUAUGGUAGACGAACGCCCAUAGCGCAGAAUUCGCGAGCUCAAGCCCUGCGGUGCUGGACGACUCGGAACCUCCAGUGCGGUCACUGCUGUCACUUGCCAGUCAUGGCUGGAGAUGUGACGCAUCCAAAGCACGGCGUGAACAGCGUCUUCUCACGGCGGGACAUCGAAAUCUUCGAGCGUUGGUUCAGGUGUGGGGAUCCAAAGGAAACUGGCCAUCUGGAUGCGGAAGGUCUCAAACGCCUGUGGACAAGUCUUCAAAUGGACGUAACGCAGAUGUCUGCCAAGUGGUUAAUUGCCCUAGCAGACGACAACAGGAAUGGGAAGCUCAACUUUGGAGAGUUCCUAUACCUGUGGAUGAUGGCGGCUGAAAAUUCCGAGUUCCAGUCAACACCUGAAGGGCAGGCCAUGCUGCGAACCAUGCAAGCGUUUGAAAUUUAUCCUGUUGCUUCUGACAAAAAGCCCAGCACCUGCUACACUUUAAACCCAUGGGUACGAUCAAGAUUUCUUGACCAAGGAGAUGAAGGGCGACCCCUUGACGUAAAACUGCCUCAAUCUCGGAUUCAAGAAGCACGAGAACUAUGCGAAGGAGCUGCUAAGCAGCGGGCAGCAUUCAUAGCUCAGGCAAAGUCACUUUACGAAGGAAGCACUCGACUGCAGCACAAGGUCCACGCAGAACGCCGAGCGGAAUUCAUCAAAUGGGCACGCACGACUUUUGAAGACGACAAAGUCGUGCAGAAGAACCUCCCAGACCAAAACGAGCACGAGGAACAAAUUACGUACCAUGACGCAUCCGUAUGCCCGGUGAUGAACAAGUCAACCCCUGCUAUCAGCGAGUUCUCGCUGGACCAGUGUUCCUUUCUGGCAGACUGGUUUCACAGAUGGGAUAUGAACAAGGAUGGCUUGCUUGAUGGGCAUGAAAUCCAGAACAUGUUUCAAUGCCUGCGAAUUCCCAUCAGCCCAAGUGGCUUGCAUGCUAUCGUCCAAUACUUUGACGAGGACAUGGACGGAAAACUCAACUUCCGCGAGUUCUUGCUCAUGUGGCGUGCAGCGAUAUACGACCCAGACUUUCAACGCACCGCCGAGGGGUGCAAGAUGGUCAAGCACAUGCGAAUCCACAACUUGCUACCCUACCAAGCAAAGAAGCCAGCAUGGUGACCACGAGCGUGCCACCGGAGAAGCGUCACACGACGAGAAAGAAACGAGACGACAGAGACCGUUUUUUUUUUCAUUUGUUACACCUCCUCGUUUUUAUUUACGUUACUAAUAACUUAUGUGUAUCACUGCUCUGCGUGGUAUGGACAAAAAAGAAAUUAAAAAUAAAAACAUGAGAAGAAACGGGAUAAAAAGGGGGAAGAAAAA